AUGUCUUGCCUUGUGUGUGGAGAGCAGAUUGAAGCGCUGGCCGGAGUGCACGGCCGUGUGCAUGCACGUGGGGUAGGAGCAGUGCGCUGUUGGCAUAAUACAGUCACGGCUUGCUGUUCCACACUGGAUUUCGGGCAGGAUCCUACCCUUGCACUGUUGCCCUCCUGGAUUGUGAGCAGGGGCAUCUUUGGACUUUUAGACUUGACAUGGCCUCAGGAGCCGACGAUCCUGGCUUCUGCCUUGCAAGCCAGCGGUGCUCGGUGGUCGGCGCAGCAUGCUGAGGCAACUGCCUUGAGGCAUCGUUUGGAGGUCUCGGCGAGAAAUCUAGAUUCUGGCGAAGGUGAGGAAGUCGACAAAGACUGGGUUCAUCGCUUCGUAACCUCGCAUCAGCGGCUUGUAGAGCUUGGCUGCAGAUUAGAGGCGGGCUUUGUCGACAUCGACGCGGAGCUUCGGCGACUACAGGCUGUCCUCGGUCAUGCCCGAGUUCUUGGUGCACUCGCAGCGAGUGGGCAGAACGACCCAGGUUCCCGGGCAGCAUUGCCAAGUGGCGCGGCAGUCUUUCACUUCGGGCAAACGCCGGAGGAGGGGCAAUACUUUUGGCCGCAAGUCAGCUGCUGCCGCUGGCCCGAUAAUUGA